GAAUUUACUAGAUUUUGGCCUCAUUUCCAUCAUGAAUUACAUCCACAAGGCAGUGAAUGCAUUGCUACGUGGACUCGUCAUCUAUGCGGUACUGGGCUUGGAGAGCACUUACUCGAAUGAUCUACCACACGGCCACACGUCUGAUGCUGCUGCAAACGUAGCCGUCACAGACCCGUGUCUCAUCGUGAUACCACCAUGCAUAGGUGAUGCCGACCGCUUCAGCCUGGAGGCCCUGCGCCACAUCCACAAGCAGCUGGAUGAUGACAAUGACGGGGGAAUAGAAGUCAACGAGAGUGUGGAGUUUAUAAUAGAAGACAUGAAGCAGCAGCAAACCAACAAGCACAGCAACCUGCACCGAGAAGACCAGCACAUCACUGUGGAGGAGCUAUGGAGGAGCUGGAAGAUCUGUGAAGUCCACAACUGGACCACGGAGGACACAGUGCACUGGCUGAAGGAGUCGGUGGAGCUGCCUCAGUAUGAGAAAAACUUCCGGGACUACCGGGUCACAGGGAACACGUUACCAAGAAUAGCGGCAAAUGAACCGUUGUUUAUGUCAAUGCAGCUGAAGAUAUUAGACCAACGACAUAAACAAAAACUAAAUCUAAAGGCAUUAGAUGCAGUGCUCUUUGGCCCCCCUCUCCGUCCACAGCAUAACUGGAUGAAAGACUUCAUCCUAAUGAUUUCCAUAGUGAUUGGUGUUGGGGGCUGCUGGUUUGCCUAUGUGCAGAACAAGUCCAGCAGGGUGCACGUCUCUCAGAUGAUGAAGGAUCUGGAGAGCCUGCAAAAUGCUGAGCAGAGUCUACUUGAUAUGCAGAACCGGCUAGAAAAAGCUCAGGAAGAGAACCGGACGGUGGUUGUGGAGAAACAAAACCUUGAGGAGAAGAUGAGAGACGAGAUCACCGGAGCCAAAAAGGAGGCUCACAGGCUUCGAGAGCUACGUGAGGGCGCUGAAUGUGAGCUCAGCCGGCUCAAAUAUGCUGAGGAGGAGCUAGUACAGGUGAGAAAGGCUCUGAAGCGAGCAGAGAAGGAGAUGCAGUCUGAGCAGUCGGUGCCUGAAGCUCUCCAGAAAUGGCUCCAGCUCACACACGAGGUGGAAGUUCAAUACUACAAUAUCAAGAAACAGAGUGCUGAGUUUCAGCUCUGCGUCGCAAAGGAUGAGGCAGAGAAAAUAAAAAAGAAGAGAAGUUCUGUUUUUGGAACUCUUCACGUAGCCCACAGUUCAUCACUGGACGAGGUGGACCACAAGAUACUAGAAGCCAAGAAAUCUCUCUCAGAGGUAACGGCAUGCCUGAGGGAGCGUCUGCACCGUUGGCAACAGAUCGAGAAGCUUUGCGGCUUCCCUGUUGUCAACAACUCGGGGCUGCCGAGCCUGACAGCAAGUCUCUACUCAGACCACAGCUGGGUGGUGAUGCCUCGAGUCUCGGUGCCCCCCUACCCUAUCGCAGGAGGAGUGGAUGACCUGGAUGAGGAUACGCCUCCCAUCAUUCCACAGUUCACAACGACCACAUUGAUCCGGCCCUCACUGACGCGCAGCAGCAGUAUGUGUCGUUCCCGCCGGAGCCUGAUGAGCUCCCCACAGUCCUCCCUGAUGUCUCCAGACCCCGACCUGCUGUCCAUGGCCAGCUCGUCCCUCUCCUAUCGCCCUGAGGCAGACGACGAACAUAUCAUGUUCAGCUUGGAUAGGAGGGGGUAUGUAGCGGUGGCCGGAACGCCGCGGAAUGGUUUUACAGUUUGGACUCACAGGGAAACAGCUCAGGAUGGCAGCUCUGACACAGAGUGUCUGAGCUCUUCCGUUGGCCGCAAGCAGCCGCACAACCCCUGCACGCCAGGUUCAGAGACCCCCUACCGCAAGAUCUCCCGCGAGGAGCUGCUGCUGUUCAGCCAGACUCCGGAGCUCCCUGCCUCCACCACCCACACCACCAGCAGCAGUAGCAGCAGCAGCCUCAGGGACUCCACGCCCCCUCCUCUGCCUCCCACUCCGGCCACCACCCCUUCCGGCCCACCCUCCACCUCGCCAUCCCCGGCAUUGGAGCACCGCCAGUUUGCACACAGAGGCUCGCCUGACAUCACUCGCAUCAUACCGGAGUCCCAGAGCGCAACUUUCUCACAGGGGCACGGCACCUCUCAGACGGGGAAGGGCAUGUACAACGGUAUGCUGGAGAAGUCCUACAGCUUUGGCCAGCUGCCCCCAAGCAUGCUGCCCAACGUGGGGCGUCACCCAUCUCUUACCUCCCUAGACUCGGAGGGCCGAAGUGUGGGGAGAGAACACAAGCUCCAAAGCACCUCUUCCCAAGACUCAAGCGACAAUGGAGAGAAAACCAAGCGCUCCUCCUCUAAAAUCAAAAGCCUAUUUAAGAAGAAAAAAUAAAACUUGCAGAGUGAGAUAGUGAGAGACAAAAAUAAAAAUAUAAAGUUGUUUUAGCCCUAAUACUAUGUAAAAAUGGACAUCACUGUAAGCUAAAACAUUUCAUUAUCUCUUUUUUUUGUCUUCAGAGAUGGAAUGUAGCUCAGUCUGGGUGCCUUCUAAUGUUUCCCAGAGUGGUAGCAUUAUUUUUCAAUAAUGCCACUUUAUUUAGUUCACUCAGCCUCACAAGGAAACCUGCAAAGGUCAAGGAAGAGUCAAUGAAAGGUCAAAGGUCAUGUCAGUUGUCAUUCAGACAGACAUAACGCAUGACAUGUUUACUGUCUUCUUUUCAUUUUGAACCAAAAAGUCACUAAGUGUCGGGGUCUAAAGGUGCAGUCCAUAAACUUAUUUUGAAGCACACAGUGUGACUCAGAAAAUUCUUGUGUGUGGUGAAAAAAAAAGGUCAAAAGAUUUUUUUUAGAACAUUUCUUGACAGUUUUCUGUCCAAACCACUUCCCCCUCUUCAAAUUAUGGAUUGCAUCUUGUGAAGUGUUCGGGUCACGAGCCGUAUGUGCUUCAAGUCAUCUCCGGUUUACGGAGGCUUCUGAACUUUCACAUACUUGAUUUAUUUCCUUUGGAAAAAAAAUCCUGCUAAAAGUUUGUUGCACUACUGCUUUCCUGGUAUUUUGGGAAAGAGCCGCUGCUUGCGGAGUACAUAUUAAAUAAAAACAUAGAGAAUAGAGGAAUACAUGGGCAGCGGCAUUUGAGACACAACACAUGAUGUCAGAGCCAAAAUUAUAUGAUGUGUCUUUAAUGCUGCUGCUCAUGCAUGUCUCAACAUAUAUAUAUAUAUAUAUAUAUAUAAAUAAACAUAUAUAUAUACUUUGUUUUCACAUUAUUAUGUUCUUAUAGAUGUUUUUAAAUAGAUUUAUAUUGGUGGGGGUUCCUAUGAGCUGAUCUUCACUGAAGAAGGUUCAUUGCAUAUGCAGAUUUAACCCACACCAGUUCAAUGGCCUGUGUCAUUUUCCCUGUAAUCGUGCUGUCCCUUACUACUUGAUUAACUGCAUUCUGUAGCCAUACCAACAUACCAUGUCCAUGUUUUGUCUUAAUUACCUUGUCACCUUCUAAAACUUGGUGUCACUACCAGAUUUUACUCAAAUCGUCUGUGCAAAUAAUUCUUUGCCAAAUGCACGGUACUCUCACAUUAAAGAAUACACACGUGUCAGGUGUCAAGUUUAAGAUGAUUAAAGAAAUGUUAUUUAAAAAGAAAAAUAAUCUGUAAUCGACAACUGACUACACUGGCCGUACUGUAUCGUGCAUUUUAAGGCAAAUACUAUUUGUGAACUAUUUGAUCCACAUCUGAUCGAUACACCAAGAUCUUCACCCUGUCACACACUAAGCUCGAAGCUGACCCAUGCAAUACGGUCCUGUUCCUCACCUCUGGGCCUGCUCCGAGCGCACUGAUGUCAAGAGCUCCUGCUUCACACUGUGAUUUCUGCCUUCUUCCCUUCAUCCUGGACUGGCUGUCCUGGCUGCAGCUUAGCUCGACAGGGUCAUGUGACUACGUGACGACCGUCUCUGCAGCGACGCGAUGCCGUGUACGAGGUGUGUCUGGAUGACAGAACGACACAAUGACGAGAGGAUCCAAUGGCCUCUGUUUAAAAAUAUAUAUAUAUAUAUAUUUGAAAGGUCUUGGACAAUACAGCACACUAUGAAGGAAAUAGAAGUCAGAACUGCAAGAGGAGAAAAUGAAUGUUUACGAGACAUUAGGGUUUUUUUUGAGAACAUUUUGUGUGUGAAUAUUUGUAUACUGUAGAAGAAUUAAUAAAAAA